AUAUACUAUAUGUAUCUUUAAUUAUUUAUUGUGUGUAUAAUUGUGUAUACACUCUGUAAUUUCACCUGCUCUUGAUUUGGUUGAUUUAGAGUCUUGAUUUCUUGAUGACCCUUUGAGAUUUUCUGCAGGGUUUUGUGGGAAUUCAACAAGUCUUGAAAAUUCAGUUGCAGUUACAAAUGAGAACUCAGGUUGUAGGCCAGCAUGUUCCAAAAGAGUUGUGGCUUAGUAUGUUCCAAAUUUCCGUUCCACCAGGGUCCUUGAGAUGUUAUUAACUAAUAUGAAACUGUCAGCCCCUUGCAACAAAUUGUAUUGAAGAUUAAACAAUUCGGCAAUCCCAUAACACAUAUAUGGCAGGGGAAGAUGGUGAAGAUUUUUAUGUUGAUAUUGGUGAUUCAGAGUCUGGGAAAAACGCAGCACGUGAAGAUAUGUCGUCUGACUCUAAAGACAUGUUGGAUAUAGGCAGUGCCAUGGAAGCUUUAACCAGAGUGGACUUGGAUUUGGCGUACUCUUCCGAGAAAUUAGUUAAUUUGGACACACUUAUGAUGCAUGUUUGGGCAUGGGAAAAAGAAUUUGAAGCGCUGGCUACAGAUGAUAUAUCUGUUGAUUGCAUAGAGAAAGCAUUGGCAUAUGAUCUCUUAUCUGGUAUCUUAGAAUCAGAGGUAAGAGCACUGGAAAAUUUCAUGAGUACCCUUCAACUUCAGAUGGCUGAUGCACGGCUUAAAAUAUCUUCCUGCGGCCACUUAAGAGAAUUGUUCACUGCAGUGGAGGUUAAAUUGUACGAUUCUGAAGAGUCUCUGAAGCAAUCACAGGAGCAUGCAUUGGAAAUGAAGAUGCAGUUAACCAAGUUGCAAAUGACAUCAUUGGCAUUUAAUCCAACCGAUUGGAAAUAUAACAGUAACACAGGUUUGCCAGAUGAUUCUCAAGGGUCCAUCGCGAGGCCACAAAUGCAAACAGCUGAACAGAGACAUGUUUUAAGAAUGUUGGAAAAGUCUCUUGCACGAGAGCUUGAUUUUGAGAAAAAGCUAACAGCACUUAAACAAAAUGAAGAAGAUUUGAAAUUGAAGCUACAACUUACCGAGCAGGUAUCAUUCUUUAUGGAAGAAGCAGCAGAGGUUGUUUGGGGUAGAUUUAUAGAGGCAGAAAAUACAGCGGAGGUUCUAAUGGGAAUCUCGAAGGAAAUGGUAGGGCGACUUCAAGUUGUCCAAUUCAAUCGUAACGGUUCAAUUCAACGAGAAGAGGAGAUGAAAGUUAAACUUCAAGAUUGCAUAGAACAGUUGAGAGCGAAAGAAGUCCUUAUACAAAAGCUUAGCAUCAGUGAACCACAUCUUAUGACAAAUGAUACUGAAGUUAUAAUGUUAAGGGAAAAGGUUAACAGUCUAGAAGAACAACUGAGAGAAUCUGUGUCACAACUGCAAAAGGCAAAUGUAUCCAAUAAAGCAUAUCAAGAGCAACUUAAGGAUAUGGACUAUACAAUUGAGUCUUUGAAAGAAAACAUUUAUGAUGCUGAGAAUAGGGCAGAUGAUGCAGAAACCAAGACUACACAGUUAACAGAGACCAACCUUGAACUAACAGAAGAGCUAGGUUUACUAAAAAGUAGUAAUGAUAGUAACACAAAGAAGGCGAGCUUACUAGAGAAGCAGUCAAGGGACCUUGAGCUUCAAUUACAACAUGCAAAGGCGUCCUCUGAAGCCAGUCAGGAGCAGCAAAACAUGUUGUAUUCUGCUAUUUGGGAUAUGGAAACUCUAAUCGAUGAACUGAAACAGAAGGUUUCCCAAUUUGAGAACAAAGCUGAAAAUGCAGAGGAGCAAUGUAUUUUAUCAACCGAAACAAAUGUUGAUCUUAAUAGAGAGUUGGAAUUUCUACGGGGCAAAAUUGAGCGCCUAGAGACAUCUUUAGAGGAAUCUAGAGUUGAGAAGAUAGCUAGUGCAAAAGACGUUAAUAUCAAAACCAGUCUCAUCAUGGAUAUGGUCAUGCAGCUAGCCACUGAAAGGAAGCGUAUUCAAGAGCAGAUGUAUUCUUUAUCAUCGCAAAACAGAAGUUUGAUGGCUAAGUUGCAGAAUACAACAGAUGGAUCUGCAGGCCUGCAAAAUGGAGUGGUUGACAAUAACAACUUAUCAGGUCAUAAUGAAAGUAAUGCUCAUAUCAUGACACAGCCCUCACCUGAUAGUAUCAAGACUGAAGAAAUAUUAGAAGAUCCACCUGCCUGUACAACUGCAGUUGAGCCGUCCACUUCUACAGAAUGCGCCAAUGAUUCAGAUUCGAGUUAUGACGAGGAGGAAGCUGUACAAACAGGGAAGCCUCGCCAUAAGUAUUUCUUUAUGACAAUUCUUGUGCUGCUGGUUUCAGUUUUAGCAGCUUAUCUAUUUGACAACAAAGCCGCCUUCUUCAGUGCAUUAAAAUUGCCAACUGAUCCCAUUCAGGGAUUCUUGUAACUCAGUCCGUUUGUUCACAUGUAUGAUUUGAUUGAUUGGUUGGUUUGGCAUGUAUCAUGUGAUUUAGUGUUCACCUUGCCUCUUGGAAACCAUGUUUUUUCCAAGAUGAGAUUAAAUUAGGAGAUGUGAAUAUCUGUAACUUUUUUUUUAAAUCGUCAGUAUAGCAGUCAGAGAUUGCAUUUACAAUCCCCCAAAUGAUUUGUAACAUUUGGCCCAAAUCUAUUUUUUCUAGUGAAAUUUGCACAUA